UUUGUCGCAGUUUUAUUACACAGCGACAAGUUUACUGCGGUGUCGUUCUUUUGUUUUUGUACCAUAUAUUUAACAUAAUUUGUUGUUUGUUUGUUUGUUCAUGUGGACUGGCGUGGUAAUUAGGGGUCCCGUGACUCCGCAUACAUAAAAAUGAAUAAAGGGUGGCUGGAACUCGAAAGUGACCCAGGACUCUUCACGCUCCUGGUGGAGGAUUUUGGUGUGAAAGGUGUUCAGGUUGAGGAGAUAUAUGAUUUGCAGAGCAAAUGCCAAAGCCCGGUGUAUGGCUUCAUCUUCCUCUUCAAAUGGAUAGAGGAACGCCGAUCCAGAAGGAAGGUGUCCACACUGGUAGAUGAGACCUCAGUUAUUGAUGAAGAAAUUGUCAAUGACAUGUUCUUUGCUCACCAGCUCAUCCCCAACUCCUGCGCCACCCACGCCCUGCUCAGUGUGCUCCUCAACUGCAAUGGCGUGGAGCUGGGACCCACCCUCAGCCGGAUGAAGGCAUUCACCAAAGGCUUCAGUCCAGAGAGUAAAGGAUAUGCAAUCGGAAAUGCUCCUGAACUUGCCAAAGCACACAACAGUCAUGCCAGGCCCGAGCCCAGGCACCUGCCAGAGAAGCAGAAUGGCAUCAGCGCGGUCCGGACCAUGGAGGCCUUCCACUUCGUCAGCUACGUUCCCGUCAAGGACCGUCUGUUUGAAUUAGACGGCCUCAAGGCCUACCCCAUUGACCACGGUCCGUGGGCAGAAGACGAGGAGUGGACAGACAAAGCCCGCCGUGUCAUCAUGGAGCGGAUAGGACUGGCUACAGCUGGUGAGCCAUACCAUGAUAUCCGCUUCAACCUGAUGGCUGUGGUUCCUGACCGGAGGAUGAAAUAUGAGUCCAGACUGGAGAUCCUGAAGAAGAACAGGCAGACGGUGCUGGAGGGCCUACAGCAGCUCAUCCGAAUGACUCAGCCUGAGUUGGUCCAGGACCGUAAGCAGCAGGAAGCUUCAUUUCCUGAGGACACACCCCCUGCUAUGAAGCAUGAGCUGGAUGCCAACACUGAGAGCACAGCCACGGCUGAGAUGGCUGCUCCCACAGAUCCUGCAGAUCAGCAGAGCCUCCGUGGCCAGCCCCAGACUGCCCACGCCUCGCUGAGUCGGGGCAAAGCCCCUCUCAAGCAGCCAGGGCCCACUGGAAAUGCGCCACCCGUCAACAGUCCCAAUCCCAUUGUUCAGCGCCUGCCUGCUUUCCUGGACAACCAUAACUACGCCAAGUCUCCCAUGCAGGAGGAGGAAGACUUGGCCGCAGGAGUGAGUCGCUCCCGGCCUCCUGGCCCGCCGAAUCCCUCCUACUCUGAUGAUGAAGAUGACUAUGAGGAUGAAGAAGACGAAGACUGUAGCAACACCGAUGCACACAGCAGGUUCAGGAGGAAGACGGGCCUGAGACCAGGAGGCCGGGGCCUGGAGGGCCAGCUGGCUCUGAACGUGCUGGCAGAGAAGCUGAAGAAGGAAUGCCAAAGGAAGGACGUGUCAACACCACUGUCGGUGCGGACGGAGGGCCGCACUGGGGGGAUCUGCAUCACUGCGCCCUCGCAGCCCUCACCCACGCCCAGCAACGAGAGCACGGACACAGCGUCGGAGAUUGGCAGUGCCUUCAACUCGCCACUCCGCUCACCGCUGCGCUCUGCCGCUGCCACCAGACCCUCCAGCCCAGUCACUUCCCACCUGUCCAAGGUGAUAUUUGGGGAGGAGGACGGUCUGCUCCGCCUUGACUGCCUACGCUACAACCGUGCUGUGCGUGAGCUGGGGGGCGCUGUCGGCUCGACGCUACUCCACCUACAGGAGGACGGCGUGCUCUGCACCCUUGCCGCCACAGGAGAUACUCCUGUGGACGGCAUCAAGCAGAACCCUGCUCCAAGACCAGUAGAGGGCAUCAAGACAGAAGACACAGACGACGGUGCUGAAGUGAAACCCAAUAAGGAAAGGAUUGAGCCUCCUGAAAACAGCACCCCCUAUAGGCCGGCUGGGGAGAAGUACUCCCCUAAGGAGCUGCUGGCUCUGCUGAAAUGCGUGGAGUCUGACAUUGCCAAUUAUGAAGUGUGUCUCAAGGAGGAGGUUGAGAAGCGGAAGAAGUACAAGAUCGAUGACCAGAGGCGGACCCAUAACUAUGACGAGUUCAUCUGCACGUUCAUCUCCAUGCUGGCUCAGGAAGGCAUGCUGGCCAGCCUGGUGGAGCAGAACAUCUCAGUGAGGCGUCGCCAGGGCGUGAGCAUCGGACGACUGCACAAACAAAGGAAGCCGGAUAGGCGGAAACGUUCACGCCCAUACAAGGCCAAGCGCCAGUGACCCCCCCCCCCCCACAUACACACACACAUACACACAGGGCCUGCUAGGCAGCCUCACAUAAGGCUAUCCAGCCAUGACACUGCUCUUCUCACCACCGCCCAGCACUGACUGGCAGUUACGUCACACCUCUUCCCGCCUUGCCCAGCCAAUCAGGAUGGACCCCAACCCCCCCACCCCUUAUUACAUGAGCUGGAAGUGAGCACUGCCGCAAACAUGAGAAACUAGGAAAUUCAAUUUUCCCUUUGUUUUUCUAACCAAACGUUACCAAGAAGGAUCAUGCAUUGAGAUGUAUAAGUGUAUUCGGUGAUUCAUUUUGACCUCUUGUCUGUGUGGGUUUAUGUGAUAUGAUCAUGUCUUUCCAAUGGUGCCAAUGCACUGAUACAUUUAGUGAACAAAUGUAAUUAAAAAGUCUGAUAGACUAUUCAUUUGUGUUUGGACUGAAAGUGUUUUUAAUACCUUUUACAAUUUUUGAAUAUUACUGUUUAAUAUCUUACGGUCAGUAUGAUUUUAAAUGGGUUCGGAGCCUGGCGAAUGGUGACUUAGCCCUUGUCAUGGGGUAGAUCCUGUCAGCCACUUCAGGACUGCCUUCCCGUUAAGCUCCCGGUAGACAAAUAACCGCAGUCUACUAGGUGAUUGUGUAGACUAGGAGUCUGGGCAGUUUAAAUUGCAUAAAAGAUUAAAUCACCCAGGUUGAGGUUAAAGGCCUAUGGGAUGUGUCUUGCACCUUGGCCGUGUGCAAGUGGCCUCUUUUCUUUUGCUGCAGUCUGUAAGGGGCGGGGAUGUGUGCAUGGAGCUGUAUUUCUUUCUGUACGUUUGUUUUUCUGUACCAGCUUGUAGCUGUUAUUUCAGUUUUUUUACAAGACACUGUAAUUUAAUGCAGUAGCGGAAUGCAGGAGUUUUUUUUGUCAAAAUAAAAAUGGAAAUCAAACAAA